GGGGCCUCUCCCAGCCUGGCCAUGAACCUGGAGCCACCCAAGGCCGAGAUCCGCUCGGCCACCAGGGUGACAGGGGGGCCCGUCACUCCCAGAAAAGGGCCCCCCAAAUUUAAGCAGCGGCAAACCAGACAAUUCAAGAGCAAGCCCCCCAAGAAAGGUGUCCAAGGGUUUGGGGACGACAUCCCUGGAAUGGAAGGUCUGGGAACAGACAUCACGGUCAUCUGCCCGUGGGAGGCGUUCAACCACCUGGAGCUCCACGAACUGGCCCAGUACGGCAUCAUCUAG